GGGUCGGGUCAAUAGCAUCAGUCUUGCCUCCUUCAACCCUUCAUCCUGCAAUCUUAGUUCCCAGACCAGAUGAUACAGAAUCGAUAGAGCGAGGCCUUUCGCCAAGGAGUCUCAUUCAUCCUCACCGCUCGCUCGCUCGCUUGCUGGCUCUGAAGAAGAAGAAGAAUGACUCAGACAUGCAUUGAUGCGCUGGACUUUCGCAAUUCUCCGCGUGGGUCAAUCGGGGCCUGCCGACUUGGAGAGGAAGAUAGGAAUGAGAACUGGGUGGAGGGAAACCCCCCCCCCCGCGAAAAUUUGCUUGUGGGAUGCUCGAUGCCUGACAGGGAGCGGGGCUUCUGUCGUCUGAGCACAUCCUGCCUGACCGCGGUCAGGGCCAUAUUUCGAUGGCUGGAGUUAGUUAGGUGACUCGUUGCAAAAGGACGUACGUGCUUCCGCGAUCGGUGAUUUUGAGGCAAUCACGGGAUAGCUGCGAAUGCACGACAGGAAUGACGACUUUGCAGCGUAACGUACGGGAGAUCUCCCGCAGUUUCAAAAGGCUUUUUAGCCUGAAGACUGUGCUUGACCACCAUCCCAUCGGAGGCUUGUUAUUUAUUAGUUGGCUUACUCCGUACUCUGUACAUGUGUUAGGGAGCACAAGAGGGACCACACCAGACCAGUCAGCAAUGUUCUUUAUUUUAGUUUUAUUUUUUUGUAGCUUUCCUCCCAUACGUCGUAGUUUCAUAUCACAGAGUAUUCCUUUUCGUACCGAGUAUUCUGGUCGAAUGUAGACAGUACUCGUGCGCAGCAAAUACAUUGUAGAAACGAAGCCAAGGGACGGAUGGCGGCUGCUUACAAGUGCCACACCUGCCACACAGUCCAGGAUGCCUCCGUUGUGUUGUAUCUCCAGCUUCGGUUUUGUCAGUUGAACGAGAUAUCAAAAACAUCCACCGCCUAUCAUUGCUAUAACCCAAAGAGAGGCGACAAAGGAGCAGUCUCACGUGGUUGACCGCUCUGCGCUCUUCUGCAUCCCGCUCUGCAGCUAAACUUGCGGGAUUGGAGAUGAUUCAUCGCCACCGUAUCGCCUCGAGUGUGCUUUGCCUUGGGAACUGACUGGCUAACCAUCACCCCCGCCUCUUCUCCCGCCCGCCCCGAUCACAUCAGGGAGCGCGCCUUGGCCAGCAUCGAGAGCUGUCUCUUGUGUUGUCUCCUCGUCGCGUCCGCUGGCCGGUCACCAGACUUGCGUGCAGGGCUCCGGCGCCGACGGCUGCUUUUUCGUCCCCGCAAAUUAUAUCUCUAGUCGUCUAGUCGCUCACACUUGCCUGCAACACGGAUUGGAAGGUUCCUUUACAGAGCGGCUGAAGCUGUUUGAUUUACUCUUUUCUGUUUUCCCUUUUUGAUAUUGGCUGUCCUUGUCUGGAGAGCGGACAGCCAGCUGGUCAUCUAUAAAGAAAUCACGAGGCUUAUCUCGGGGUUGCCAACCAAACAACCAGCCAGUAGUUAUCAUCAUCAGCAUCACCAUCAUCAUCGCAUUGCAGGUUGCAUCGUGCUUGGUCAGCUCUGUCGAUUGGCAACAGAGUCGCAUUUACAGGGCAGAUCGGCCCCGACUGCACGGCACAUCCCAACUGGGGCAUCUACUCUACUGUACUUGGCCUGCGGCGUGCUAGUGACUCCGUACAUACAUACAUGCAUACAGACAUACAGCUUACUGCUGUAAGACCACUCUCACCCACUCAGUAGAUUGGGAUGGAUAACCACGGACAAAUGUCUCCCGUGAGCGCUGCGUUGGCAAGCGCUCAGCCUCAUCCCACCCAAAUAGAUACACGGCCGACCCCAGCCCGCAGAGUCCCAGAUCGCAAAUCGACCAGGUGCCGGUACUUCGGGUCCAAAAAGGGAUGCCGGGCGGGUGAUGAUUGUCCUUUUGCACAUGAAACGGCGCCGCACGACUCUUUGGCCGCGUCGUCAGGGAAUCCGAUUCCUUCUUCGUAUAUUAACAAUCCGCGACUCGAAACUGCAAUUGACAACGAGGCCCUACUCCCCAAGGAUAGGAAUGAAGGCGGAUCAACUCCCCAAGCCUCGGCAUUCAGCUCUUCACCCCGAGGUUCCGAAGGUACCCAACCUCGAGUUGUUCAGCGACCAACCCCACGUGCCCAGCGUGAUAAUCCUAGGGAGUUUGAACUCAAUCAAAUUAGGCGCCGUUUUCAUCCCCAGGAGAGAUCUGAUGAGGAUGGAACGAUUCUAACAUUCGAUAUCUAUCCUUCUGACCCGGACUUUUCUGAUUUAUUGAAAAGUCUGGCCUGCGCCAUGCAUGUGCCCCUGGACUAUCCUUUACGAGGGACGCCUUCCCUGGAAAUAGUAGACGAGAAUAUAGGGAUGAGAGAGAAGAUACUUAUCCAGGAAGAAUUCGAAAAUAUUACCAAGACUCGUAUUUCGGACACCCUACUAAAACAGCUGAACGUUCUUGAUAGAUCGCUCUCGAAUAUUUUCAACAUGGCAAAUCCGGAGGCAGUGACAGCGCCACCUGAUAGUUAUGCCGACCAGGAAGCAACCGUUACUCCUUGGUUGGGGGAGGUGAAGCAACCUCGCGAAACAGCAAUGAGUCAAGAAAUGGAGCAAGCUCGUCAACGACGCGAGAAAGAGAUUACUCAACUUACCUCUCGCCUAGGUAGAAUGCCGUUAUUUUCCAAAUCUUCGGAUGGUGUUUCAUUUACCAUCCCUCUCAAUCCACUCAAGCCACAUUUAAUUCCUCAAUCUCUUAGAUCUGUGAAAACGCUUACCUUGGUUGUCCCCCUGUUAUAUCCCCUUGAGCCUUGCCAAGUUAGGAUUCCUGGGGUCAAUGACAACUCGGCCAGAGCAACAGAGGCAUUAUUCGAAAAGCAUGUCAUAGAAAAUUCUAGUGCGAGCUUGACGUCGCACGUUAAUUACCUUUCAACAAUGCUACAUACUCUCGCAGCCCAGCCAGCUAAAAGUGCCGAGCUUAGUCGUGCGGUUACUUCUUUAUCAUUGAACAAUAAAUCAACAGCUGAAGAAAUAACCCCAUUAUCCGCUACUGCACCUCCACUCGAACCCCAGACCAAGGAGACAGAAGUGCCGGCUGACCUGGCUGAUCGACCACAUAUUCAGGUCAUUCCUCGCCCACCAGAAUGGAUAUCGCCCAGGCAGGGUGACGAAUCUAAUAGUGACGACUCUGACUACUCUGGAUCCGAAGAAAGCGCUACUGACGAUGAUGACGAUGAUGAGGGUGGUGGUGUCAGUAUUUCAUCAACGCUCCCAGCUCCGACAGGCCGCGAUGUGGCCCUGUCGUUUCCUUCAAUGGAACUCCGGGGUAUUGAGCUCCUCGAACUGAGAGCUCUACAUUUAACCUUGAAAUGUGAGCGGUGCAAGAAACUUCUCGAUAUGAAAAAUAUCAAAAUUGGAGAUGACGGUAUCAGCGUGCCCCCGAAACGGGUGGAGUCGUGCAAGAAGUGCGGCAACUAUCUUAGCGUUGGAUUUCGCCGCGAACUAAUGCACCCCAGUUCAAAUCGUGCGGGGUACCUGGAUCUGGAGGGAUGCCUUGCGUUUGACCUGCUUCCUAGCACUUUUAUCCCUACAUGCUCCGAAUGUUCUACCACCUACCCCGCACCAGGGAUUGUUGCGGUUCGAGGAGACGAUGCGUCGCCAGUCUGUCGUGGAUGUCACCAUAAAAUGAGGUUCAAAAUUCCCGAGGUGAAAUUCUUACUAGUGAGCGCUGGAGGAGGUACCUCUCAUACUCCUGCUAAGGUGAAAAAGCCAAAAGAAGCUUUGGGGAUCGUAGCUGGACAGGAAUUGCCUCGUCGCGGCCGAUGCUCGCAUUAUGGGAAGAGUUACCGAUGGUUUAGGUUCUCUUGUUGUCUGAAGGUUUUCCCCUGCGAUAGGUGCCAUGACGCUGCAACGGAUCAUCCAAAUGAACAUGCCAACCGAAUGAUAUGUGGUUUUUGCUCCCGUGAGCAGAUCUACCGUCCAGAGAGCUGUGGCAUCUGCCACUCGACACUCACUAGGAAGACUGGCAGUGGGUUUUGGGAAGGGGGUAAGGGAACGAGAGAUAGGAGGCGAAUGAAUCGGAAAGAUCCGAGAAAAUAUAAGCGACGAGGAGGAACGGCGUAGGGUUCUUCGGCGCAGAAGAAGUGAGGGAAAUGCAUGUAUAAAAUUAUGGGUAAUGGUGUAUGUACUGUACAUUUUAUUAUUGAGCCAGAAAUGAUAGGCUUGUAUACAUAUGUUUGGCCAGCAUCAUCCAAUGCUGCGGGCCCAUCCUUCAUUUUUCAUUUACCACUGUUCCAUUUCCCAACGAUGUUCCAUCCGUUGCGGUUCUCCGGGUAUGGAAAUGGACUUGUGUAUGGAUUCGACUCUCUGAAUUCAUUUUACUUGCCGUAACAUGUGUUUCUCACGCUUUUUGCUCGAUGCCGUAACCUACGAAGGCGUCCGGGUAUGCUGAAAUGACCUGCGAUAAGUAGAGCUUUGUGUACGGAUUUAUUAUGUCUGUGGUUGACGCCGAAUCUCUUAGCUGCACCAACUCAUAUGAACAAUGCGAGAGCUUAGCGAGAAGAAAGAAGAGGGAGGAAGUGGAAUAAGUAAUCCAAGGUAAUAUUGAUCCCA